AAUGACCCAAAUAUCAAGCUAAUGCCUAAUAUACGAUAUUAUCCGCGGCUACCCUUCACCCUAUGGCCAUCUUCACCGGAUCAAAAAUCAAUUGCCAUCUUCACAUAGCUCUUCCGAUCGCCAUCUCCGAAGACAGGGGGUAUCAUAAACAAAUGUGUGCUGGUCUAUAAAUUCCUGAAGGAGAAAACAUGAGUAUGCUAUAUAGCAGCUGUGCUUAUGCAUUUCCUUGCCACUUUUCAGCACUAGUACAAAAACAGGUGAUGCUUAGAUGUUUUGUUUCCUGUUUAUUACCCUUCAAUAAUCCCAUCUUUGUACUUUCAGGGUAUGUUUGAGUCCCGGAAAAUGCUACGGGAAGGGAAAACAUGCUAAGAGAAGUCGUUUUCUGAUGUUUCGUUUUACCUUGGAAAUUGAAUAUGAAAAUCAAACGUGUCAUUUUAAAGUACUCCGUAAUAUAUUUAGAUUUCUUAGUCUUUAGGAAAUAGAUAUAAAAAAUAAAAUAGUAUGUUCAAAUAUCUCAAAUAAAUUUAAUGAGCAUUUUCUAUCUUUUGUUUUACCCCACUUUUUUUCCUUCCAGUUUUAGCAAUAUUAUUCUUCCUAUUUUUCCAUAGUAUUUUAUGGGAUCCAAAAAGACUCAUAGUGUUCAUGAUGUGUAUCUUUUUGUCUGCGGUAUUUUAGAUCUCAAGCGUUAAAGUGAUUGGUUCCCUUCAAAUUCAGUUUUUGAAGUACCGUUCUCCUCGCAAAAAGACCGAGAAGUAUGCAGUGUCAUCUCAAAAGGAAAGAAAAAAUGAUCCUUGCUCAGUUGCGCCUCCAUUUUUGUUGUUCUUGUUGUUGACUUGUUGUUGUCGUCGUUGUUUACCUCUCUCUGUGCAAUUUUUAAUUACCAUCAAUCAUUUUUGAAAUUUAUAAUUUAAUAUAUAGGUAACUGGCGUUCAACCACUUUCGACUGUUCCCAAUGCUGCUGAGAAGUGAGUUUCAUCAGUUCAAAAUAUUUAAUCCGAGAUCAAAUUAAAUCUUCUUUUGUCAAGGUACAUAUGCCCAUAUUCCUAAUUUUUACUUGAAUGGAUUUGAAAAUUGGGAGGUGCAGGAGCACACUUCAGAGAAGAGGAAAGAAAGAACACCAUUUAUGGAAGAAAAGAGAUUCGACUGGGUCGGGUACGAAGGCACAGAACCUUGUUAGAAUUAUAUCAGGACUUCCAAAUGAGAAGAAUGCCGUUUAUGGUGCACUGGAUAAGUGGGUUGCAUGGGAAACUGAAUUUCCAGUGAUUGCAGUCGCUAAGGCAUUAAGAAUACUGAGGAAGCGGCGUCAGUGGACACAGCUAAUUCAGGUGGCCAAGUGGAUGUUGAGCAAAGGUCAAGGCGCAACAAUGGGCACUUAUAAUUUGCUUUUACUUGCAUUUGAUAUGGAUCACCGAGUAGAUGAGGCAUUGAUGUUAUGGAAUAUGAUCCUUCAUACGCACACUCGCUCCAUCUCAAAGUGGUUGUUUUCUAGAAUAAUCUCUUUAUACGAUCACCACAAUAUGACGGAUAAGAUCAUAGAGGUUUUUGCAGACAUGGAAGAAUUAUCUGUAAAACCUGAUGAAGUUACUGUAAAAAAAAUUGCAAGUGCUUUCCAGACUCUUGGGCAGCUUGACAAGAAGAAUAUGGUUCUGAAAAGGUAUCUGAAGAAAUGGAAAUAUAUUCAUUUCAAGGGUGAACGAGUUAAGGUGAGAACAGAUGCAUGGGAUGAAGAAAGUCAAUGAUUGCUGACAUCAUCGUUCUUGAGUUCUAAAAAAUGUAUACUUAAAAACAUAGCCUAUGCCAACGACACAGCAAUGGGACUUGUAACAGUAUGGAUCCCAUCGUUCCAAGCAAGCCAUCCAAAUUCAUACUUGUCUUUCACCAUGCUCAUCUUCAUUUCACUGCGUGCUUUAACAGUAACAGUAAAGCUCUUUGUCUCACCUGUCCGGUUGAAGUACAAUAUGGGAGGAGAGAUCUUAACGGAAAAUCCAAACGGAGGCCUGACACUAGCAGAGUAAACACUUCCACUACUUCCCACAUUUGUGACAGCUCUCUUCACAACCACAGCCCCUUUGAGUUUAGGAAUUGCAAGGGAGGGAUAGUUGAGGCUGGAAGGCGAAGGGGUGUGUUUGGGGCACUUGAAGGAUGGGUCGAUGCCCUUAACUCCAUUUGCGCAAAGGAAGAGAAGAUAAUCAAAGUAUGAGGCGUUGUAGAUAAGCCCGGGAUCUGCAGCUUUCGAUGGCCUAAAAUGUCCUGCCCCAAAUUGGAAUGGAUCUGCCGGGAGGCCACUUGCAUCUGUUAUUUGCUUCCCCAUAUUGUUUUUCAACUCAGCUGCGUCCAAGUAAAAAAAAAACGGAAACUCUCAUCACAAAUCAUGUAAAAUUAGGUACUCACCUCAAAUGAGCCCAAACAAACCCCAAAAACCAUUGUAUCAGACAACACACAUAAUAUGUAAAUGAACAGACCCGUAGUCAUGAGAGCUGAUCUGAUUGCAGCACUACUCCAAUGAGGAUGAAUUGCCUUAAGAAGUGCAGCAGCACCACUUACAUGGGGGCAAGACAUUGAAGUUCCUGACAAUAUGUUAUACUUAACUACUCUAUGAUCAAUGUCAAGCUUCGUGGGUGAUGAUUUUUCACUCCAUGCGGCCAAUAUAUUAAGCCCUGGCGCCGUUAUAUCGGGCUACAAUCAUUUGUAAAAGAACUUUCAGAGCAUUAUUUAAAAUGUGAAUCCAACUCAACAGACCAUAAAUUGGUUUACCUUGAGAAUUUCGGGUGCAAUUGGGCUUGGUCCUCUACUUGUGAAGGCCGCCAUAGAAGUUUUGUAGGCCACUGCUGUUGCUGGAAGGAGAUGAGCAUCGGUUGAGAUUUCAUCUCCGUUUGCUUUGCUGUUUCCAAGUAUGUAUCCAACUCCACCUGCUCUUUUCACUUCCCCUCCCUUUCCAACUCUCGUCCCGUUCCCUCUUAUGCACAUCACAAUCUUUCCUUUUGCUUUUUCUGGCAAUAGAGAAUUCGGUAGGCAUUGCCUGCAAAUGUCCCAAGAUAGAUUUUGGGGUUUUUGCAGUUGAGUUCAAAUUCUUGCUAGAUCUUUUAUUAGAAUUAUCAUUUAAGGUCUAUUCUAUCUAUAAAGCUUAAAUAUAUGU